CGAUAUUUCGGGCAGCUGCUACAAUGUCUUAGACAUCGGAGUCUCUCGGAGGCUUCUCGGGGACUUGUCCGGUUUAGGCCCGGAAUUGCGUUCCAGGCACCCCUACACCCGCGGGAGAGGCGGGGUGUGUGGCAGCAGGCCAGGCGGUUUUACUGGUAUUUCUGCUAACAAGCAGGGGACAGUUCACUCAGUCCUCCCGAGAGGGGCUGGUACUUUCAUUUCUAAAGCUCUCGUUUCCUCGGGGAACACAAUUUCUAGCGCAAUAGGUGCGUUGUCUUUAGUCUUCCCCGUUCCCUGUGAGGACCGUAAAGGGUUAAAUCUCAGGCUCCGGCGUCGUGGGAGAAGUUAUAAUUAUUCAAUAUGUUCCCGCUGACUGAGGAAAACAAGCAUGUGGCCCAGUUGUUGCUCAGUACUGGGACUUGUCCAAGAUGUAUCUUCAGAUUCUGUGGUGUGGAUUUUCAUGCACCUUACAAACUUUCCUAUGAGGAGUUGCUCGGUGAACUACAGAAAUUUCUGGAAACUGAAAAAGAUGAAUUAAUUUUGGAAGUUCCAAACCCACCUUCCAAGAAAAUUCGACUCCAAGAACUAGAAGUUGGGAUUGAUGGGAUUGAUAAUCUGAGUCAAAAUGGAGAGGGAAGGGUCUCUGUUAUUGAAGAUGGAAGCACUGCUUCCAAGAACUCAAAUUUAAAUGUGUGCAAUGUAUGCCUAGGAAUUCUUCAAGAAUUCUGUGAAAAAGAGUUCAUUAAAAAGGUGUGCCAAAAGGUUGAGGCCUCUGGAUUUGAAUUCACCAACUUGGUAUUUUCAGUCUCCUUUCCACCACAGCUAUCUGUAAGAGAGCAUGCUGCAUGGUUGCUGGUAAAACAGGAAAUGGGAAAGCAGAGUCUGUCACUGGGAAGAAAUGAUAUAAUUCAGCUAAAAGAAGCCUACAAGUGGAUAACUCACCCCCUGUUUUCAGAAGAACUGGGUGUUCCCAUUGAUGGAAAGAGCUUGUUUGAAGUGAGUGUGGUCUUUGCUCACCCAGAAACAGUUGAGGAUUGCCACUUCCUACGUGCAGUAUGUCCAGAUUGUUUCAAGCCAGCCAAAAACAAACAGUCAGUAUUCACUAGAAUGGCAGUUAUGAAAGCUUUGAAUAAGAUAAAAGAAGAGGAUUUCCGCAAGCAGUUUCCUUGUCCUCCAAACUCACCAAAGGCUGUAUGCACUGUUCUUGAAAUUGAAUGUGCUCAUGGUGCUGUUUUUGUGGCUGGGAGAUAUAAUAAAUACUCCAGGAAUCUACCACAAACUCCUUGGAUAAUUGAUGGAGAAAGGAAGCUGGAAUCUUCAGUGGGAGAAUUAAUUUCUGAUCAUCUUUUGACAGAAUUCAAAGCAGAGAGUUUUAAUUUUUCAUCUUCUGGAAGAGAAGAUGUAGAUGUGAGAACAUUAGGAAAUGGAAGGCCCUUUGCAAUUGAGCUGGUGAAUCCUCAUAGAGUACAUUUCACUUCACAAGAAAUUAAGGAACUUCAGCAGAAAAUUAAUAACUCAUCUAACAAAAUCCGAGUCCGCGACUUACAGCUUGUCACAAGAGAGGCAAUAGGACAUAUGAAAGAAGGUGAAGAAGAAAAGACCAAGACCUAUAGUGCCCUAAUAUGGACAAAUAAAACAAUACAGAAGAAAGACAUUGAAUUCCUAAAUGACAUAAAGGACUUACAAAUCAACCAGAAAACACCUCUCCGGGUCCUUCACCGGAGGCCGCUGGCUAUGAGAACGCGUAUCAUUCACUCCAUGGAAACAUGCUAUGUGGAUGAGCAUCAUUUCCGCCUCGAUCUGAAGACUCAAGCCGGAACCUACAUUAAAGAGUUUGUACAUGGAGACUUUGGGAGAACCAAGCCGAACAUUGGCUCUCUGAUGAAUGUGACUGCAGACAUUCUGGAGCUGGAUGUUGAGUCUGUAGAUGUCGACUGGCCCCCUGCUCUGGAUGACUAGCUUUCAAAUUUGGAAACAGAGACGAGGGUUUUCAUGGCACGAUGUGGACGUCCAUUUUGCAUACACUGUAAUAUGGCUGUUGACUCACCAUAAGAGUGUCUUGGAAACUAUUUGGAUCAUGUUGAUCUAUUUAUUUUUAAAUUUUUUUGUACUAUCUCAGGCUCUGUAUACAGUCUAUGUAUAUUUUGUUAAAUUGUUCUAAGGAUGUCUUAUGAUUUUUCUUAUUCCCUCUCCAACCCCCACAAGCCAAACUAUGAAUAAUGAAACCAUUCUCUCUUAAUUCUUUCAUUUAGAGAGGUGAACAAACAGGAUAUAUUCUCUGCUAAUCUGAGAAGCUAUAAUUUCUUUCAGCAAAAUUUCCCUCCACAAAAGAAAUACCACCUUUAAAAUCAUGUUCUACAAUUUUUAAAUGAUCUUGAUAAAAGUUAUACCUAUAUUUAUGCAGUGUAGUAUCUUAUAAUAAGAUAUCAAAUGCAAAUCUGACACCAUUAAUAUUUUUUCCCUGUAAGCUUCUAGCAAGCUAUUACCAAUAGAAGUACUUUUUGGUGUGAUUUGUUACAAAUAUUAAUGACUUCAAGUCACUAUUUUGACAAUCUAAAAUUGUCAAUAAAUUUCCUGGGGAAGGAAAGUAAAACCUUAGGAAUUGAGGAUAACAUGGUAAGAGACUUUCAUAAAUCUUUUAAAUAAGGAGACACAAGUGCCUUCAAUACCUUCAAUGCCAGGGAUAAGAUUUUGAAAAAUUGAGAUUGCCAAACAAAGGUAAGCUGACGUUAUUCCAGCGUGCUUCAAUAAAAUUAUAUAACUUCCAACAUCCUCAUCAGGGAGAUAGGAGAUUUGUCAUCUCCAUUUUAUAAAUAUUAAAACCAAAGAAUAGAAGCUAAAUGUUUUAUCUAAAAUAGUUACUUCCAUAUCUAAGACUAGAACUGAAGUUUCCUGGUCUUUAGGGUCCUUCCUAAUAAACCUUAUUAUUGAGCACCUAUUGUGUGAAGGAGGCUCGUUUAAACGUACAUAACCCUGAGAAUUGAUUUUUGGAAUUUAGAUGCCAAAUCAAAGAGCUUACCAAAAAGAAUAGCCCAACUCUAUUUCAUAUGAUCUCACUUGUCAAUACGUUAAUCAUUAGUUGGUACUAUGAAGUCAUUAAAAAAAAAAACUUUCAGAAAGGAGUCUCAUUAAAAUUUCAGGCUUCAGUGUAAUUUCCAUCACCCUGAUUGAACUAUGUGAGCUCAGUUUAAAACACAUAUGACUUGGAUACAAUUGGAUUACUCAGUCUCCCAUCUCUACAUUAGACAUAGCUCAGAGGUACUAAGAUGUAUUAUUCACUUCAGAAAUCAGGAAAAUGGUUUGACAUGAAAUUUCAUUAUGUGAAUAAUAAUUUUUCAUUGAAAUAUUUUUUUCAAUGCCAGAAAAUGAGGAAGGGAUAAUAGAAAUAAACUUGAUAAAAAUAUAAGAAC